AUGUUUUUGAAAGCUGUUCUUCUUAUUCUUUUGUCAAUUAGUUCGAUUUCGGCGCUUGUUGGGAGAACUCAAUCUGCUGCCGUACGAGGAGUUUUGAUCUGUGAUGGAAGACCAGCGAUUGGAGUAACUGUCAAAUUAUACGAUGAUGAUAGAGGUAAAAAAAAUCACCUUUUCUUUAAUUUUAUUCAUUUCAUUAUAAACAAUAGUUCAGGUCUUGAUGCUGAUGAUUUGAUGGCAUCUGGAAAAACCAAUCAAAGAGGAGAAUUCCAUCUUUCUGGAAGUGAAGACGAAAUGACACCAAUUGAUCCAAAACUCAACAUCUAUCAUGAUUGCAACGAUGGAAUUAAACCAUGUCAAAGAAAAUUCACCAUCAAACUUCCGGAUAGUUACAUUUCACAAGGAAAGACACCAAGCAAGGUUUAUGAUGCUGGAACUAUUCAAUUGGCUGGUUCAUUCCCAGGAGAGACUAGAGAUUGUUUGCAUUAA